AUGAGCACAAAAAAGACCUAGAAGGUUAUUGGCAAAACAUAAAAGAUUGUUGAGAAAUAAAGUCAAGAAUCCUCAAAUAAAGAAUAAAAAAUAAAAAGCAAAGUCAACAGAUUAGAGUAAUAACCACAAGAAAGACAACAUGGAAUUAUUUAUGUUGGACAUUUACCUUAUGGUUUUGUCGAAGAGGGAUUGAAGGAAUACUUUACCUAAUUUGGAGACGUGCUCGGAGUCAAAUUAUUUAGAAGCAAAAAAACCAAUAGAGUCUAAGGAUACGGAUUUGUUAAAUUUGCCGACAAAGAAGUAGCACCCAUCGCAGCACAGGCCAUGAACGGUUAUCUAAUGAACGGAAAGAAGUUAGUUGUCAAUGUCUUAAGCGACUAACAUCCAGACCCUUUCAAAUACAAACACGGAAACUAAAAACUGUUCUUUAUCAAUUGGUCAGAAAAGGCUGUGGAAGAAUCAAAUAAAGAAAAAUCAAAUGAAUAAAUUGUCAAAGAAGUCUAGAAGUUGUUGGCUAAUGAAGAGGAGAAGAGACUAAAACUUAAAGAAUUAGGAAUCAAUUACACCUUCCCAGGAUUUAAAGAAUAACUCAAAGCUUGAAUUGAUUAAUGACAAUGUAUAAUAAUUAUUCUAACAAUUUAAUAUUAAAAAUUAUAUCAAA